AUUUGGAGAGGAGGAAACACACUGAACAAGGCUUGAGCAUCCAAGUUCAUUGAAGACCUUUGAGCAGGGGCGGUUGACCAUGCAAAAGCAUCAUGAGUGAGUGGCUAUUUAUGGGCAUCCGUGUAUUUGCUAUAAAUAUGCGUGCAUAUGUAAUUUCAGGAGACUGGGGAGUAUCAGCUGUGGUGCCCAGGCACAGCCCCUGUACUUUGCUGAGAGAGGCCUGUCAUUUGGGGAGAGAAGGAGGUGAUGCCGUGCUGAGACACACUUCUGACAGUGACAGACGCAAUGGGCCUUGGUGGGGCUGGGAGGGUGCCUGACCCAACCCCUGCAGCCCAGUGACUGCAGGGGGCUGCAGCCCGGGGAAUAGGGAGAGAGAGAAUGUGUGUGAGUGUGGGGCACAGUCCACAGUCCACAGUGCUUGGGAUGGGGGAGGUCCUGAUCUUCAGUAGUGACUCUGGCCAAAUCCUGGAUGUGUGCUUGUUAGUUACCUUCCCCCAACACUUCCCUCAGGGAGUGUCUGUAAGUUCCAGAGAAAGCGUGGUUAAUGUGAGGGAGUUUUGCAAGCCAGUGUCGUCAACGUGAAGCUCUUUCGAGGGCCUCCAGAUCCAAACAGUUUUCACAGUGAUGCUGAGACGUCAUCUGCCUUGUUCACUUUCUCCUGAGUGCAUAACUCAGCGAGCCAAUAUUUGCAGGUGACCCAUGCACCAGGUUACAGAACCCUGCCUGGGUAAAUGAUCCAUUCAAGGUGCAGGUUGGGAAUGUGGCAGAGUACAACAGUUCAUUGAUAGGGUUCAGAUUCCACACUUCAGUGACCCAUAAAGAAACUGCCACUGGUCAGAGAAGAGAGGCCGUGGUUAUCUGAAAAGGCUUUAUCUGGGCCGGUGCACCAUGUCCGUCAGUGUUCACGAGACCCGCAAGUCUCGGGGCAGCACGGGCUCCAUGAACAUCUCCCUCUUCCACAAGGCCUCGCACCCUGACUGCGUGCUGGCCCACCUCAACACUCUGCGUAAGCACCGCAUGUUCACCGAUGUCACGCUCUGGGCUGGUGAUCGCGCCUUCCCCUGCCACCGGGCAGUGCUGGCGGCCUCCAGCCGAUACUUUGAGGCCAUGUUCAGCCACGGCCUGCGGGAGAGCCGGGAUGAUACGGUCAACUUCCAGGACAACCUGCACCCCGAGGUGCUGGAGCUGCUGCUGGACUUCGCCUACUCCUCGCGCAUCGUCAUCAACGAGGAGAAUGCAGAGUCGCUGCUGGAGGCCGGUGACAUGCUGCAGUUCCACGACGUCCGGGAUGCGGCGGCCGAGUUCCUCGAGAAGAACCUCUCCCCCUCCAACUGCCUGGGCAUGAUGCUGCUGUCCGAUGCCCACCAGUGCCGGCGGCUCUACGAGUUCUCCUGCCGCAUGUGCCUGGUGCACUUUGAGACGGUGCGGCAGAGCGAGGACUUCAACAGUCUGUCGAAGGACACGCUGCUGGACCUCAUCUCGAGCGACGAGCUGGAGACGGAGGACGAGCGUGUGGUCUUUGAGGCCAUCCUGCAGUGGGUGAAGCAUGACCUGGAGCAGAGGAAGGCUCACCUGCCGCUGCUCCUGCGCAGCGUGCGGCUGGCCCUGCUGCCCUCGGACUGCCUGAAGGAGGCCGUGUCCGGGGAGACCCUCCUCAUGGGGGACGAGCGCACCAAGCUCAUCAUCGAUGAGGCCUUCCGCUGCAAGACCAAGAUCUUGCAGAACGACGGCGUGGUCACCAGUCCCUUUGCCCGGCCACGGAAGGCAGGCCACACGCUGCUCAUCCUGGGGGGCCAGACCUUCAUGUGCGACAAGAUCUACCAGGUGGACCACAAAGCCAAGGAGAUCAUCCCCAAGGCGGAUCUGCCAAGCCCCCGGAAGGAGUUCAGCGCCUCGGCGAUUGGUUGCAAGGUCUACGUGACGGGAGGCAGGGGCUCUGAGAAUGGGGUCUCCAAGGAUGUCUGGGUAUAUGACACUGUCCACGAGGAGUGGUCCAAGGCGGCCCCCAUGCUGAUUGCCCGCUUUGGCCAUGGCUCGGCUGAGCUGGAGAACUGCCUCUAUGUGGUGGGGGGACACACAUCUCUAGCAGGCAUUUUCCCUGCCUCUCCUUCUGUCUCCCUGAAACAAGUAGAGAAAUAUGACCCCGUGGCCAAUAAGUGGACUAUGGUGGCCCCGAUGAGAGACGGUGUCAGCAACGCCGCCGUGGUGAGCGCCAAGCUGAAGCUCUUUGUGUUCGGAGGGACCAGCAUCCACCGGGACAUGGUGUCCAAAGUCCAGUGUUUUGACCCCUCCGAGAACCGGUGGACAAUCAAGGCGGAGUGUCCCCAGCCUUGGCGAUACACGGCCGCCGCUGUCCUGGGCAGCCAGAUCUUCAUCAUGGGAGGGGAUACGGAGUACACAGCAGCCUCAGCCUAUCGCUUCGACUGUGAGACCAACCAGUGGACUCGGAUUGGGGACAUGACGGCCAAACGCAUGUCCUGUCAUGCCCUGGCUUCGGGCAACAAGCUGUAUGUCGUGGGAGGCUACUUUGGGACACAGAGGUGUAAGACGCUGGACUGCUACGACCCCACUUCAGACACGUGGAACUGCAUCACCACCGUGCCUUACUCUCUCAUCCCCACGGCCUUCGUCAGCACCUGGAAACACCUGCCUGCAUGAGAGGCACCUCCGGAGCCCAGCCAGGCUGCGUGGUUCUUCCCACCUGGGCCGGAAGCUGACGGCACCAUCUCCGGGCAGCAGCGGCUCAGGCUGUCCUGAGCUUUAGGCAGAAGAGUGAAGAUCUCCGACAACAUCUGUGCUCGGGCUUCGUAAGCUGCCAGCGGCUUGUGUGGAGAGAAGCUUCCGGAGGCAUGGGCUGUCGCCAGGGACUCUGGGCUGGGGAAUGACAUUCAUGCAAAGCCUUGAGGUCACCUCUGUCAGACAGGCCUGACAAGGGCUGGCAGGGGAACAGCAGGGGUCCCUUGGCACCAGCAGCACAGCCUUUGGCUGCCGGGCUGCCUGUGGGAGGUGGCAAUGUUGUUCCAUAGUGUCCUGGACAUCAGGGAGCAGAGUGCAACUGAGGACAUUGUAUAAGGGACAGAAACCCACAGGGCAGCCCACCCUCUGAUGGUACCCACAGGCUUUUCCAGCAGAUGGCACCAGACCCCUAAGGCCAAGGGGAAUUUUCCUCUGUGCCCAUUGCCAAGCACUAGCCUGUCCCUCUAAGGGGUGAGUUCCAGGAAGCUGCCAUGGAUGUAGGAUGGGUAUUGGUGACCCAUCAGACACUGCUGAGGGUCCCCCAGCAGGACUCUAGGCCCCAGGGAGCUGGUGGAGCCUAUUGCCUGCCCUCCUUGGAGCCAUAGAAGAUCAGUAGGAUAUACCUGACAGUAGUGCUGGGCUCCUUCUCUGGAGACCCAGCUGCCCCCGAGACAGGGCAGUCCUGAGCCCAGUGUGGCAGAGGGACCCAUGGCCACUGCAGCUCCCACAGAGAUUGGAUUUCUGUCGGUGUGGGGUCUAGUGACAGGCUCCUGUCAUACCUGCUACCCUCCUUGGCACCAGCUGCCAGCCUGCAUCCUGCCUGUUUGUUCCUUGAGCUCAGAAAGAAGGAUCCGAAGACACUUCCCGAAUGUGUUUCUCAAGGGUUCCUCACCAGUGUCGCCUGCAGGAGGUUCGCAGAGGCCCUCUGAUGCCACUGUUGACGCCAGUCUCCUCCCUUGUCUGGCUAGCCCGGUGUAGGGAGGACAGGCAACUCCUGUGUCUGGUACAGAGUGGGCAGGGUGCCCAGCCGGUGGCUUCCCAGGCCGUUGCUGUGUCAGGAUGGAGCAUGCAGAGUGGGUUCUGCCAUUGGCAGAAGUGGAGCCAUGGGACAGGCCAGUGUGGCCAGCGCUCAAGUCUUCACAGCUCAGCCUGGUCCUGAUGCUGUGGGUGCGGAUUAGAGGGUAGGACUUCAGGGCGGGGCUCCCCGUGAAUGUGCUCCGGGAAGGAGCCCAAAGUCUGCUUCCUGAUGUGACCCAGGCUCAGACCGGCCCUCAUCCGUGCUCCAGCUCACUUUCUACUCUACACCUGAUCACCGAUGUUGGAGACUUUCAGGGUGUGGCCUGUGGACUACGCCAUCAGGACUAAUCACUGCACAGCACAGAGGACCUAGCCACGGUGCUUGUCUGAGCCUAGGUGUUGCUUUUAGUAGUUUUCUAACUUAAUAAAAGUGAGGAAGUUUCUGACUUUCCUUUGUUCUAAA